AUGGGGUCCAAGAUUUGCAUGAAUGUUUUGUGUGGAACGACUAAUACGCACGAAUGGAAGAAAGGUUGGUCUCUACGAUCUGGUGGAUUUGCCCAUCUAUGCUUCAAGUGCGGAGCUGCAUAUGAGAAAUUAGUUUACUGUGAUAAAUUCCAUGCGGGGGAAAGUGGUUGGAGGGACUGCAGUUUGUGCCGCAAGCCUCUCCACUGUGGAUGCAUAGUCUCGAAGUCAUUGUAUGAGUGCCUGGACUAUGGGGGUGUAGGGUGUAUUAGCUGUGCAAAGAGUUCUCAACCUCGUGUGAUCCAGAAUGAUGAUGUUCUGAAUGGAUUUGGUGGAUUGAAAAUAAGUAACUAUAGUGAUCGGCAAUCUACUGUUGUUCAGAAUGGAGCAUUUAGUAAUACUGUUGAUGAAGGAAAACUUUUGCAAUUGUGCAAAAUCAUGGAGGCAAAUGAAUCCAACCUUUUGCCUCAACCUCAGAGAGGUGACAUAAAUGUAUCCCAUGUGCAAAAGAAACAAGAAGAAGUGAUAAAUCAUAAGGGGGAAGUUGGCUUGGGAUUUUCAAGUACCACUCAGCCAUCUAUUGGAUCAUUGACAUUUUCCAAAUCAGACAAUGGUAGAACAAUGAUAGAAGAUAUGAAUAAAUCAUCCUCUCAGCCAUCUUUGAGUAUGACUUUGGGAUCCCCAUCUGCAACUCCAAGUUUUGUACAACCCUUUCCUGGGGGGCUUGUGGAUGUAAGAGAACAGAGCAAGACACCUUCUUCCUUUCAACAAGGGCAUGGAAGAGAACAGGGCACGACACCUUCCUUCCAGCAGGGGCUUGUGGAUGGAAGAGAACAGAGCAAGACAUCUUCUUCCUUCCAACAAGGGCUUGUGGAUGGUAGAGAACAGAGCAAGACACCUUCUUCCUUCCAACAAGGGCUUGUGGAUGGAAGAGAACAGAGCAAGACACCUUCUUCCUUCCAACAGGGGCAAAAAUCUCGGCCUAUUUUGCCUAAGCCCUUGAAACCUGGUGUCACUAUGAGUUCAGAGACAAAUAAAGGUGGAUUUCCUAAUGUGCGCGUUGCAAGGCCACCUGCUGAAGGGCGGGGGAAGAAUCAGUUACUUCCUCGAUACUGGCCGAGGAUUACUGAUCAAGAGCUGCAGAAAUUAUCUGGAGAUUUGAAUUCUACUAUUGUGCCACUGUUUGAGAAAGUGUUGAGUGCCAGUGAUGCAGGUCGAAUUGGUCGUCUGGUUCUCCCAAAAGCAUGUGCUGAGGCGUAUUUUCCUCCUAUUUCUCAAUCAGAAGGCCUUCCUAUAAAGAUUCAAGAUGUGAAGGGGAAUGAAUGGAUGUUUCAGUUCAGAUUUUGGCCAAAUAAUAAUAGCAGGAUGUAUGUUUUAGAAGGUGUAACACCUUGCAUACAGUCUAUGCAAUUGCAAGCGGGUGAUACUGUGACAUUCAGUCGGAUAGAUCCUGGAGGCAGACUUGUAAUGGGAUUUCGGAAGGCAUCCAAAUCGCUAGAUAUGCAGGACCCCCAAACACCUAUCCUUCCCAACGGCAGCACUCCUGGGGAAACUUCCUGUCCUAGUGUUGUUGAGAAUCCAGCAACUGGAAGUGGUCACCCGGGCCUUUUCCAAACAAAUACAGGAAGCAAGGAUCCUCACCUACAUGCUCUAUCGGAACAUUUGCAUUUGACUGAUGGGGAUAUGAGCUUGCAUAGAAAUGAUUAUCAUGGUCACAGAACAAGUGAGGAUUUGCUGCAGCAGCCAGUGUCGAAUUCUGACAAGAAGAGGGCCCGAAAUAUUGGGCCAAAAAGCAAGAGGUUGCUCAUGCAUAGUGAAGAUGUUCUGGAGCUGAGGCUGACAUGGGAAGAAGCACAGGACUUGCUUCGUCCACCCCCGAGUGUCAAACCAAGCAUUGUCACUAUUGAAGAUCAUGAAUUUGAGGAGUAUGAUGAGCCCCCAGUUUUUGGGAAGAGAUCUCUAUUCACUGCCUCAUCAUCUGAGAGACAGGAACAAUGGGCUCAAUGCGAUGAUUGCUCCAAGUGGCGGAGGUUGCCUGCCGAUGUUCUUCUCCCUCCAAAGUGGACGUGUUCAGAAAAUUCUUGGGAUACAAGCAGGCGCUUAUGUUCUGCACCAGAGGAGAUGAGCCAGAAGGAUUUCGAUAGUCUUCUAAGAGCAAGCAAAGAUUUAAAGAAGCGAAGAAUCAUAGAGAACUGUUCGGAAACCCAAGAACACGAACCUUCUGGCUUGGAUGCCCUGGCUAGUGCUGCCAUUCUGGGAGAUAAUGUGGUUGACUCAGGUGAGCAAUCAGUUGGAGCCACCACCAGACAUCCACGUCACCGCCCAGGCUGCACUUGCAUAGUAUGCAUUCAACCACCAAGUGGGAAGGGCAAGCACAAGCCAACAUGCACAUGCAAUGUGUGCUUGACAGUUAGACGGCGCUUCAAAACCCUCAUGAUGCGCAAGAAGAAACGCCAAUCAGAACGUGAAGCAGAGAAUGCUCAGAAGGAUAAUAACAACCACAAGGAUGAGUCAGAAAUAAAUGGCACAUCAACAGAGGUUGGGUUGCAUAUGAAUCACUCAUCAGAGAAUGGAGGCUGCCAGAGCAGAAUUGAAGCUGAUGUGGCUGAAAGUUCCACCGCGGGACAAAUUGAUCUGAAUUGUGAACCCAACCCGUAUGUGCAGUCUUCAGGAUUGACCUUGUUGAGGCUUGCUGACGCUGUCUCCCAACCAUUAAACAACUACGUGAAGGAAAGUUGCCUCGCAAACAUGAUGCGUGAGCCACAGGCAGGUAUUGGUUCCUCUUUACUUACACAAGCUACUGAUGAGAGUGAAAGACGCCUGUCAAAUGAAGGCUGCCUUUCAGCUGUUGCGGCGUGGGACUGUGAGGGUAGAGGUGAUGCAGACUGA